GUUUCAGAAGCAGGCGAGGGAACAAGAUGUGAACUGUUGCUCUUCGGAAGAAAAAGGUCCCCGCUGCCCUUCCCGCGAAGGCAAAUGUUCUGAAAAAACUCUGCAUGGGAAUGGCUUGCCUUACCAUGACGGAAAUGGAAGGAGUAUCUGUAUCUCCUGUACAUCAGAAUGGUGAUAUUCCUGGAAAUGCUAAUUCUGUGAAGCAAAUAGAUCCACUCCUACAGGUGUAUCUUUAUCAUUCUCUUGAGAAGGCUGAUGGAGAAUAUCUGAAUUUUCCAACUGGGGAGUAUGUUGCAGAAGAAAUUUGUGUUGCUGCUUCUAAAGCUUGUGGAAUCACGCCCGUGUAUCAUAGUAUGUUUGCUUUAAUGAGUGAAACCGAAAGGACCUGGUAUCCGCCCAACCAUGUCUUCCAUGUAGAUGAAUCAACCAGGCACAACGUACUCUACAGAAUAAGAUUUUACUUUCCUUACUGGUAUUGUAAUGGCAGCAACAGAACCUAUCGGCAUGGAGUGUCUCGAGGUGCUGAAGCUCCUCUUCUUGAUGACUUUGUCAUGUCUUACCUUUUUGCUCAGUGGCGGCAUGAUUUUUUACAUGGAUGGAUAAAAAUACCGGUGACUCAUGAAACGCAGGAAGAAUGUCUUGGAAUGGCAGUGUUAGAUAUGAUGAGACUAGCCAAAGAGAAGGAUCAAACCCCAUUGGACAUCUAUAGCUCUAUCAGCUACAAGACAUUCUUACCAAAAUGUGUUCGAGCAAAGAUCCAAGACUAUCAUAUUUUGACAAGGAAGAGAAUAAGGUAUAGAUUUCGCAGAUUUAUUGAGCAGUUCAGCCAUUGCAAAGCCACUGCCAGAAACUUGAAACUUAAGUAUCUUAUAAAUCUGGAAACACUUCAGUCUGCCUUCUACACAGAGCAAUUUGAAGUAAAAGAACCUGGAAGAGGUCCUUCAGGUGAGGAGAUUUUUGCAACCAUUGUAAUAACUGGAAACGGUGGAAUUCAGUGGUCAAGAGGGAAACAUAAAGAAAGUGAGACACUGACAGAACAGGAUUUACAGUUAUAUUGUGACUUUCCUGAUAUCAUUGAUGUGACUGUUAAACAAGGAAACCAAGAAGGCUCAAAUGAAAGUAGAAUUGUAACUAUCCAUAAGCAAGAUGGUAAAAAUCUGGAAAUUGAACUAAGCUCAUUAAGAGAAGCUUUAUCCUUUGUGUCAUUAAUUGAUGGCUAUUACAGAUUAACCGCGGAUGCACAUCAUUACCUCUGUAAAGAAGUAGCACCUCCGAUGGUGCUUGAAAAUAUACAAAGCAACUGUCAUGGCCCAAUUUUAAUGGAUUUUGCCAUCAGUAAACUGAAGAAAGCAGGUAAUCAGACUGGACUCUAUGUACUUCGAUGCAGUCCUAAGGACUUUAAUAAAUAUUUUCUGACUUUUGCUGUCGAGCGAGAUAAUGUCAUCGAAUAUAAGCAUUGUUUGAUUACAAAAAAUGAGAAUGGAGAAUACAACCUCAGCGGGACCAAGAAGAACUUCAGUAAUCUUAAAGAUCUUUUGAAUUGCUACCAGAUGGAAACUGUUCGCUCCGACAGUAUAAUUUUCCAGUUUACUAAAUGCUGCCCCCCAAAGUUGAAAGAUAAAUCAAAUCUUCUAGUCUUUAGAACCAAUGGCGUUUCUGAUGUACCAACAUCACCAACAUUACAGAGGCAUAAUAAUGUGAACCAAAUGGUGUUUCACAAAAUCAGAAAUGAAGAUUUGAUAUUUAAUGAAAGCCUUGGGCAAGGCACUUUUACAAAAAUUUUUAAAGGUGUAAGAAGAGAAGUAGGAGACUAUGGUCAACUGCAUGAAACAGAAGUUCUUUUAAAAGUUCUGGAUAAAGCACACAGAAACUAUUCAGAGUCUUUCUUUGAAGCAGCAAGCAUGAUGAGCCAGCUUUCUCACAAGCACCUGGUUUUAAAUUAUGGAGUAUGUGUCUGUGGAGAGGAAAAUAUUCUGGUUCAGGAGUUUGUAAAAUUUGGAUCAUUAGAUACAUACCUGAAAAAGAAUAAAAAUUCUAUAAGUAUAUUAUGGAAACUUGAAGUGGCUAAACAGUUGGCAUGGGCCAUGCAUUUUCUAGAAGAAAAAGCCCUUAUUCAUGGGAAUGUGUGUGCCAAAAAUAUUCUGCUUAUCAGAGAAGAAGACAGAAAGACAGGAAAUCCUCCUUUCAUCAAACUUAGUGAUCCUGGCAUUAGUAUUACAGUUUUGCCAAAGGACAUUCUUCAGGAGAGAAUACCAUGGGUACCACCUGAAUGCAUUGAAAAUCCUAAAAAUCUAAACUUGGCAACAGACAAAUGGAGUUUUGGUACCACUUUGUGGGAAAUCUGCAGUGGAGGAGACAAGCCUCUGAGUGCUUUGGAUUCUCAAAGAAAGCUCCAGUUUUAUGAAGAUAGGCACCAGCUUCCUGCACCAAAGUGGACAGAAUUAGCAAAUCUUAUUAAUAAUUGUAUGGAUUAUGAACCAGAUUUUAGACCUUCUUUUAGAGCCAUCAUACGAGACCUUAAUAGUUUGUUUACUCCAGAUUACGAGCUAUUAACAGAAAAUGACAUGUUGCCAAAUAGGAUAGGCACCCUCGGGUUUUCUGGAGCUUUUGAAGACCGAGACCCGACACAGUUUGAAGAGAGACACUUGAAAUUUCUACAGCAGCUUGGCAAGGGCAAUUUUGGCAGUGUGGAGAUGUGCCGGUAUGACCCUCUACAAGACAACACUGGGGAGGUGGUGGCCGUGAAGAAGCUCCAGCACAGUACUGAGGAGCACCUGAGAGACUUUGAAAGAGAAAUCGAAAUCCUUAAAUCCCUGCAGCAUGACAACAUUGUCAAGUACAAGGGAGUGUGCUACAGUGCUGGCCGGCGUAAUUUAAGAUUAAUUAUGGAAUAUUUACCAUAUGGAAGUUUACGAGAUUAUCUCCAAAAACAUAAAGAACGGAUAGAUCAUAAAAAACUUCUGCAGUAUACAUCUCAGAUAUGCAAGGGCAUGGAGUAUCUUGGUACAAAAAGGUAUAUCCACAGGGAUCUGGCAACAAGGAAUAUAUUGGUGGAGAAUGAAAACAGGGUUAAAAUUGGAGAUUUUGGCUUAACCAAAGUCUUGCCACAAGACAAAGAAUACUACAAAGUGAAAGAACCUGGUGAAAGUCCCAUAUUCUGGGUGAGAAAUUAAAGAAGUUAAAUGGAAUUAACUAGAAAUCCAUAAAGAUUAGUUAUAUGGAUUUUAAGCAGUUUGGGCAUACUUAAUAAAUACAAUCUGAUAAACAUUUAUUAAGUUUCUACUGUUCCAAACACCAUACAAGGAGCUUGGGAUAUGAAGAUAGGGUCAGCAUCAGAAAAGCAACAACAACAACAACAACAACAACAAACAACUGUGCCUGGUUACUAAGAAAACCGAACUGAAAAGGAAAUGUUUGAUGUGGCAGGCAUAUUCAGCCGACAGGUUCACUACGCAUUAUCCCUUCCCUUGCAGAGCUCAUAGAUAAAAAAAAAAAAAAUCAAAUGUGUGGUCAGUCAUUGCAGUGUGGCCAGUCAUUGCAAUCAUUAUAUCAUAAGUGCAAUAAUGAAGAAUAUAAUGGGAAAACAUAAGAAUGUGGAUAAUUCCCCUGAGGGUUUAAUCAGAGAAAACUACAACCAGGAAGUGACAUUUCAAUUAUUGAUUAAUAGUUUACCAGGUAGAGAAGAGCAAAGGUGUUCCCUGAGGAGGAAGACUAGAACUGGAGGGGCAGGGACUUGGAAGUGAGUGGCACAGUCCCAGAGCAAACGGGGAGUGAUGGCGGCCGGAAAGGGAUUGAGCCUGGUGCGCCGUGUUGAUGAGUUCAAGCCUCAUUCAGUAGACCGUGUGUAGGUAGGAAAUUAUAGGCCUCAUCCAAGGGAAUAUCAUGUUGAGAUUCAUAUUUUAGGAAGAGAGAUCUACUUUUGGUGGAGAACAGAAAUUCUCAAAGUGUGGGGACACCAGGUUCUCGUUUUAGGGGGUCCAGGAAGUCAAAGGUAUUUCCAUAAUAACACUAAGAGGUUAUUUGUGUUUUCACUCUCAUUGUUUCAACUAAUAAUGUAGAAUAAUUAUAACAAUAUAAAGUUAUGUGAAAUUGUUCUCUCUUGUUUUCUCUCAAAGUAUCUUUUUGUACUGAACUCACCUUUCUCUGUGAGUUAUAAAGUGCCUGUAUGAUGAGAUGAAGUGAGGUGGAUGGCGUAAGCCUUGUGAUGUGGCGUUAGGUCAUCUGCAUCUGGGCUGUGGUUAACCACUAGUUACUGAGACCCAAGAAAGCAAAACUGUGGAUGAGGGGGGGGAACUACUGUAAAUUGAAAUUAACUUUUAAAUUUCCUGUGACCACAAAACUCAGAAGUAUUUACAUUUUUCUUCUGGGUUGGGUUAUCAUUGAAGUUAUUAUCAGGAUACAGUGUUCCAAUGCAAUAUAAAUAAAUUACAAAUUGGAUAAUUGUUUAAAGUUUUUUAUUGGAAGCAUUUCUUUUUUUUAUGUUUAUUUUUGAGAGAGAGAGAGAGAGAGAGAGAGCAAGCGAGCACGAACGAGGGAGGGGCAGAGAGAGAGGGAGACAGAGAGUCCCAAGCAGGCUCCAGGCUCCGAAAGCUGUCAGCACAGAGCCCUAUGUGGAGCUUGAACUCAGGAACUGUCCUGAGCUGAAGUCAGACGCUUAACCGACUGAGCGCCCCAGGUGCCCCUGGAGGUAUUUCUUAAUAAGAUAAAUGGAGCUAUUUUCCCCUCCGAUUAGUUCAUAUAUCCCUGUAUGAAUAUUAAUUUCUAUCAUGGGACCAGAUUCAGCUUAAAUUCUGUUUAUUUUGCCUUUUUGUAGAUGUGAGCACUGAGAAAAGUUGUGUAAAUAAGUAUAUAGGAAUGGAAAGAGUUUUGUUAUAACAGUAUUCAUUUCUGUGACUCUUUCUGAGAUGAGCAAAAAAGUAUACAAUGAAGUACCAUUAAAAUUUAUCUCUUACCUGGCAACUUCAUUAAAUCCAUUCUUUUUUUGAAUUUUAUUGAAAGUAAAGAAUUAAACCACUUGAUUUUCAAAAGUGAAAUCAUUAAAGUCAUUCCUUUUCUCAAUUUCUGGGAAGUAUACUAAAAGUUUUUUAAAAAUCUGACUUUAUUGUUCAACUCUAGAAGUAAGUGUGUUAAAACUGUGAAAUAUUAGGGGCUCCUGGGUGGCUCAGUCUGUUGAGUGUCCGACUUCGGCUCAGGUCAUGAUCUCAUAGCUCGUGAGUUCGAGCCUCACGUCAGGCUGUGUGCUGACAGUUCAGAGCCUGGAUCCUGCUUCGCAUUCUGGUUCUGUCUUCUCUCAAAAAUAAAAAUAAAACAUUAAAAAGAAAAAACUGUGAAAUAUUAUUUAAAAAAAUAAAUUGCCACAUGUGUGGAGGCAUGUUUAUAAUAAAGCAUAUUCACCAGAGCACCUUCCUUUCAAGAUUCCUUCUUUUCUAAUUUUAAAUAUUCAGUUUCAUACUUAAUUUUGUAUUUUUUGUUAUAAAGAAAGGUCCCAAAUUAUGUAAGCUUUGGGCCCUCUAUUUCUCCCUGCAUGUCUGGAAAAAUAAAUCACAAGGGCAGCCAAGAUAAGCUUGAGAUGAUACAUAUCUUGUAUAAUUAAUUUUAUACUGUUAUGAAAAUAAGAUAAGUCCUUUCUUAUUACUUAGUUUGCAAUAAAUAAUACAGAAUAAAAUGUAGCUAAGAUUAGAAUGUAUGAAGUAAUGUAUAUGGUAAAAUGUUUAUUAUUCCUUUAGUAAUUGUGUUGGGGAGACGUAUGUACCAAACUGAUGUUUGACUUUGGAGAAACAUUAAAUAAGUUAGUGUAAAAAUCAGAAAUAACAUCAUUUUUAUCAUGAUCAAAAUUUUCCUGUGUAUUUAAUGGAAUGGAAAGCUAUAUACUGCCAAAAACUAGGCCGUUGGAAUAGUUUUAUUUUUAUAUUAGCAAGUGUUAAAUGUUUUAUAUAAUGAAAUGAGACUGACUAAAUUUUGUACAAAUAUUUCAGAUGUAUGAGUUGAUAAAAUAGGUUUUAACUAAUUUAUUGAGUAAUGAACACUAAAUCUGAAGUAUUAAAGAGAACUCAUACAGUUUUUAUACAUGAGAUAUAGCCAUCAUAUCUUUUAAAGUUAUAAUUUCAUGUAAUCUUGCUAUCUACAUUGCUUUUGUUAUUCAAAAGUGCUCUUUGUUUUAAGCUAACAACAUGUUUUAGCUUGUCCUAAGUGUUGGUGUUAAGAACUGAAGGAGGGGCACCUGUAUGGCUCAGUCGGUUAAGCAUCCGACUUCUGCUCGGGUCAUGAUCUCACGGUUUGUGAGUUUGAGCCCCGCAUCGGGCUCUGUGCUGACAGCUCAGGGCCUGGAGCCUACUUUAGGUUCUGUUUCUCUCUCUGUGCCCCUACCUUGCUCACGCUCUGUCUCUCUGUCUGUCUCUCUCAAAAAUAAAUAAACAUUAAAAAUUAAAAAAAAAAAAAAGGAAAAAUGCUCCUGCUAGAAUAUUUUUCUGUUGAAGCAGGCUUUUGGAUUCAUGGAGGAUCCACGCUGAGCUGGAGCAUGCUUAAGAUUCUCUCUUUCUCCUGGGGUGUGCCUGGAUGGCUCAGUCGGUUAAGCGUCUGACUCUGAAUAUUGGCUCGGGUUGUGAUCUCAUGGUCAUGAGAUUGAACUGUGCAUUGUGCUCUGUGUUGACAGCUUAGAGCCUACUUGGGAUUCUCUUUCUCCCUCUCCCUUUGCCCCUCCCCUGCUUGGUCGGUCUCUCUCUCUCUCUCAGAAUAAAUAAACAUUAAAAAAAAAAAUUCUUUCACUCUCCCCCUGCCCCUCUCCCCCAUUCAUAUGAGUGCAUUCUCUUUCUCGCUCUCAAAUCAAAAAAAAAAAAAAAAUCUUAAGAUUUCCACCUGGGAAGUAAGCUAAAUUGUUGAUGGCAUUCAAUGCAUAAGGAAAGUAAAAUAACCAGCAGGUUUUGGAAAAGUGGGAAUGGAGUUCUCUUUGCCUAAAGAAUCUAUUUAAUAUGGAAAUGUUCAGUAAGUCGAAACACAAAAGAAAGUUCAAAAAUAUGGUUAUAAAUUUAGGAGACAUUAGUAUAUAGGUGGAUGAAUAUUAUCUAAUGGAAAGUUUUGACAAAAAGAGGUUUGAUGAUAGAACCUUGGGAAACCCUAACUUAGAAAAUGGAGAAGGAAAGUGUUGGGGAAAUAUAAUUAGAAAUGAAAUCUCCUCCCAAUUCAGUAAACCUCUGCACAAAGAUAGAAAAGAAAGUUUUAUUACUGAAUAAGCUUUAACCCUGAGCGUCAUGUGCAUCACACAAGUGAUCUGCUAAGAGACUGUAAAGACAAGAAAGAAAUCUCACCUCCUUCUGUGGCCAAGCAGAUUCAACCCAUUACGUACAUGUUGUCAAGAUAAACAAUAGCUAGUCCUCAAGUAAGAGAA